CUCAGAGCAUCCCUGGCCAUUGUUUACGCGACGCCGCUCGCUGCCGCCGCCCUCGUGUUUUGCGUCCUAUUUAUCCUCCACAGGGGUGAUUCAGCGCCCUGGGGGAGGAUUCACGGGUGGAUUAACGUGGUGUGGCGUGCCUGGUGGGGCUGGCUGGGAGUGUGCUGAGAGGGAGGGAGGAAGAGACACUGCAGAACAGUAACAACAAAGAGGCAUGACGGAAGACACCAGAACAGCAACAGAACAGAAAACCAACAGUCAAUAAAAUACACCAAAAUAAGACAAAAUAGAACAGGAAAAUGGAAAAAAUAACAGCACAGAAAGAUAGAAGAAGAAAACCAAACUGAGAGAUAUCAGAACGAAGGAAGAAAUGCAAUAAAAUACACACAUACAAAAAAGAACAACCCAGCCGCCAAGAUGGUGCGCAACAAGCCGGCGGCACCACAGCAGUUAAACGAAGUCCAGCAACGGCAAAACAACUGGAACCUGCUGGACGGGGCGCAGGGGGGGCAAGGACCUGCUGAGGGAGAAGGAAGAAGAGCAGAAGAAGCAGAAGGAAGAGGAAGAGAAGCAGGAGCAAGAGGAAGAGGAAGAGGAAGAGCAGUAUUUGAAGAUGAGGAAGAGGAGGAUGACAUCGCAGUCCUCUUGAAUGACCUUGAUGAUGACGAUGAUGAUGACAUUGAUUUCAUACCCGGCGGAUUGAACGACCCCGCCAUCCGCCAACGCCACGUCCAUUGGGGUGACUUCUUGGCAGAUGAGGUGGAGGAGGAGGAGGAGGGGGAGGAGGUGGCGGUGGUGCGAGAGGUCCAAGCCGGGAGAGGAGGAAGAGGGAGGCGCCGACAACAGCAACAACAACAGGAGGAAUUGGACUAUGGAGCGUUCCGUGAGGUUCUCGACGACGCGCAGUUUUACGUCAAGGUCGGAAUGGACUUUACGAGUGGGUCCGGGGUGGAAUCGAAAGCCACAGUGAAGGAGAAGGACAAGAACAUCGUCUGCUAUUUCGGGAGUCUGACCCUCGCUCUCCUUAACCCUCCGAGCCUAAGCGACCUACAAUCAAUGCCCUGUAAGGAAUUCUGGGUGUACGUAAGCGCCCAGGCAGACCAUAGUGCUGUUUACUUCGAGUGGUCAUCCUCCGAAAGUGCCGCAAAGAAAUCGAAGCAGAGACGGAAAUCCGCUGAGCACUUCCGGCACUGCAUGAUCGCCGGCACCCUCCCACUGGCACUCUGGCAGGGGCUCGGAACGCAGUGUCACUUUGAGUUACGUCUUGACACAUUCGAUGAAACGGAGAUGUGUGUGAAGGUUUACCUGAAGAAGGGCGGGCUAAGCGACAUAUCACAGCGCGGCGACAAGGCCCAUGGGGGGGAGGGGAUGGCGGCGGUCGUCCAGCACUUCUAUGGGGUCAGCCUGGUCACACAUGUCGGCGAGGAAGUCCUGAAACAUGACCUUGAGGAGUUGUACGCUGCAAUCAAAACCUCACAUUCUGAUCGACACUACUGCAAUGUCGACCCGCAACACCCUAGUCUAUUCCCGCGACUCCGGCCGUACCAGAAGAACGCCGUGCAGUGGAUGUUACACCAGGAGAACUACGGGGGUGCGGCGACGCAUACCGACGCCCUACACUGCCUGUACACGGAGAUACUGACACUUGACGGAACGCAACUAUUCUUCAACAAGUACGCCGGAUUUCUCGUAAAGGACAGACCUCUUGCUGUACCCCCAACCCCAGGCGGGAUCCUCGCCGACGAAAUGGGCCUCGGGAAGACGGUGGAGGUCCUGUCCUGUAUGCUGUGCCACCCCCGGUCGAAUGUACCGAAGCCAGACUAUUUAGAACCGGUUACGUUGAAGGAACAGAAGCCUCGUAGAAGGGGCAAAGCUACGAAGAGGUUAACCGGGGAUGAUAUUUUUACGUUGAAGAAUGAGGAGGAGGAGGAAGAGGAAGAAGAGGAGGAGGAGGAUCAGAAAGGGAAAAUGAGGGUAGAUGAAGAGGAGGAAGGGGACCAGAAAAUUAAGAUAGAGAUGGAAGAAGAGGGAAAGGAGGAGAAGGAAAGGAACCAGAAAACCGAAACAGAGCAAGAAAACGAAGAGGGAAAAGAUGAAGAAGAUGAUAAAGGAGAAACAGAAGAGGAAGGCAACAGAAAACGAGGGCAAAACAAACGCUCGCGGAGUAAAAACGACGUGAAUUCUGAAACAAGGACCACAAAAAAAAUGAAGCUGGACGCCACAAACGGAACAGAAAAAGGAGGAGGAAGACGAAGAAGUGGAGGAGGGAUAAAAGUCCAUCUACCGAGGCGGAGAACGAAGGGUGGAGGGCGGAUGAGGGUGGUGGAGAGCGACGAUGAAGGUGGAGGAGGAGGCGGAGACAAGGUUACGAGAAGUGGACGGCCUCGACGGAGUGCGGCGAAACAGUUCAACGGAUACGCGAUUUACGACGAUGAAAGCGACGACGAUUCCGACCGUGACGAAGCGGAGGAGUACAAACCAGAUGGGUACUGUGAGGAAGAGGAGGAGGAAGAAGACGAAGAGGAGGAGGAGGAGGAGUACAAAGCCGAGAGAGCUAGCCCCAGGAAACGCAGAACUUCCGAUCGAGUCGAGACAUCACCGCAGCGGACCCCAAGCCAGAUCGUCGAGGAGGAGAUCGCCAACAGUACGCAGUGGUCGUCGAUCGAGUCCGUUAUCCUAAACGAGUGCUGGGGCGGAAAGGUCACGGCGUAUCGCAAGGAAGGCUCGUACAAGGAAUUCCGUAAGUUCCUACGCAUGAGGAAGAAGGACCCGUACUACAUGAUGUCGCUACGGGAACGAGUCCAGCUCUUCCACGUAACUGACCUCGCCCGGUUCAGCGCCUCGGAGGUCGUGAACCGCCCUACGAUUCAGGGGUUCUUCAAUACGAAAGUCGAACCGAAAACUUACUUCGAGUGUAUCUGCGGAGCGUCUGAUGUCGACACGGGGAAGUUCCGGGUCCAGUGUGGGGUCUGUGGUCUAUGGCAGCAUGCGGAGUGUGUGCAGUAUGACGUGGGAGACCCGUACCGGGGCGAGUAUGUCUGCCCGCACUGUUGGACCACACAGCCGCCAGUCAUGUCCGGGGCAACGCUGAUUGUGACGCCCUUCUCCAUAAGCUACCAGUGGGUGAACGAAAUCAUGAAACACGUUCGUCACAAGUCGGUUCGCAUGCUGGUGUACCGCGGUGUGCUGGCGCAGGGCUACACACAACCCCACACCUUGGCGCGCUUCGACAUCGUCAUCACAACCUACGAGACCCUGAGCCGAGAGUUGAACUAUGUCGACCUGCCCCAUAGCAAUAGCCAGGCUGGACGCAGGUUCCGCCACCCUAAGCGGUUCAUGGCCACUCCGUCUCCGCUGCCGUGCGUGGAGUGGUGGCGCGUGUGUCUGGAUGAGGCGCAGAUGGUUGAGUGCACCACCACCAAGACCGCCGAGAUGGCACUCCGCUUGGCCGCCGUCAACCGCUGGUGUGUGACGGGGACCCCUGUACAGAAGACGGUCAAUGAGCUGCAGGGGCUAUUGAUGUUCCUUGGCGUGGAUCCGUACUGCUCCGCUUUGUGGUGGAGUCGUUGCCUGUACCAACCUUACUGCCGGGGGAACAAGGCACCACUCCACUGCGUCCUGGCGCGGCACAUGUGGCGGAACUCAAAGAAAGAUGUGAUCCACCAGAUUGACAUACCCCAGCAGAAGGAGGAGGUCCACUGGCUGUCCUUCACGAGGGUAGAGGACCACUUCUACCAGGGUCUGUUGUCUCAGUGUUCCUACGAUGCCCAGAGCAGACUCAAGCGUUUCCCCGACAACAGUGUCAAGCUCAGCUCCCUCGACCGCGCCACCCUCACCUCCGUCCUACAGCCCCUGCUUAAGCUGCGGCAGGCGUGUAACCAUCCCCAGGUCGUUCGAGGUCAGUUCCUUCCGCUGGCCCGCAAGACAAUGACCAUGGAAAUGCUCCUCGACAACCUCAUCAAGAAGACAAAAGUGGAGGCAGAGGAGGCUCACAGACUCCUCAUAUCCUCCACCAACGGACUCGCCGCGGUCCACCUGAUCCGCGAGGAGUGGGCGGAGGCGGUGGAGGCGUACCGGGAGGCUCUGAGGUCAAUGGAGGAUCACAAGGAUAUCAAGACAGACUCGCUGCAGAGGCUACACACGCUACAUAACUUGGCGGAGGUUCUGGAGUCCGGCCACGAAGGUUUGCACCCCACGCUAAGGGAUGAGAAGCUGAAGGAGGAAGCAGAAGGGAUCAGAACCAAGUAUCUGCAGCAGCACCCACAGCAGGUUGCGUCAGCCCGUGUGGAGUGCCAGGCCAACACCAGCGCCGUGAGGGACCUGGAGCGCAGCAUCCUGGGGCGUGUUAGCUGGUGGCUCGCCGCGCUGCAGUCCUUCGACAACGAGUUCGUGCUGGAGGUGCGCGAUGAGAUGCUUUCGAAAUACUCACGUUUCGAGGAGCACAAGUGUCUCCUGCACCCCGUUACCACACGCACGCACCUCCAGCUCGUCCUCAACGCCGAGAUGAAGAAGUUGACUGACCAGCGGAAGGAUAUGAUUUCUGGCAUGGAUAACCUACAGGGUCUCGAUCGUGCGGCACUCCUCUCUGGCGCCAUCGACUGCCAUCUACGCCCAACGGAAACGGAGCCUCCACAGUGCCUGCUUUGCGCGACACACGAGUUCUUUGAGGAUUACGAGGAGACGCUCUUCUCUAUGCGCGAAACGAAGCAUAGUCGCACCACGGAGGUGUCGCGCGAGACCCAAGACGUGAAGGACCAGACCCAGGUUAAGUUAGCGACCCGGCGAGGCCACUGGGGUCAGGGCGAGGUGGAGCAGGUCCUACGAUACCUACAGACGAAGAGCCUGUCCCGGGUGGAGGAGGAGGUGCAACAGGACUCGCAGACGCAUUUCCGGAAACUUGACGCCAUGAAGAAGGAGUUUAAGAAUUACCGGAUUUGGUGGCGGGCGGUUUUUGACUCCGUUUCUGCGUUGGACGAGGUCAACAUGGCGACGAUACGCUUACGUCUGCGCUUCCCGGACGAGGAGCCGCCCCCGCCGCAGGGUCGAGGCCGCCGCAAGGAAGGGGACGACUUAGAACUGCGUCAGGAGGUGGUCCGCUACAUCUUAGAACCCUCAGAACUACCCCAACAGGAGCUCAAGUUGAAAUCUGAGCGUGUCGUCGCCGCGAACGACCUCAAGGCGAAACUCGGCCAACUCCUGUAUCUGCAGAACGUGGCCAAGACCGAUUUUGGCAAGGAGGGCGGCCAUAACCCCGAGCCAUGUCCGAUCUGCCAGGGUGAGCUCGGGGAGAAGUGGGCCGUUUUCAUGUGUGGCCAUAGCUAUUGUAUGCACUGUGCUCGGACCUUGGCCAACCAGGCGGCCUCGUUCGGGGGUGGCCGGAGCGCUAUCAAGUGUCCCGUCUGCCGCCAGCCCACCAAGACGAGGGAGGUGGCCUACGUGGAUGUGCUGGCCAAGGUGGAGGAGGAGGAGGUCAAGGUCCAGGGCAGCCUCAGCACCAAGAUGCAGGGAGUGGUGCGCCUCAUGCUCAAGCUCCGCCAGCAGGACCCCAACGCCAAGGUGCUCAUCUUUUCCUCCUGGGUGGACGUGCUGGACGUCAUCGCCGAUGCCCUCGCGCAGAACGGCAUCACGUACCGGGCCCUGCACCAGCGCUCAAAGUUCCACCGGCACCUCUCCAGCUUCAAGACCAACAGCCAGAUCACGGCCCUGCUCCUCCCCAUCUCCUCCGGCUCCAAGGGACUUAACAUCAUCGAGGCGCGCCACGUCAUCCUCGUCGAACCGAUCCUCAACCCAGCGGCGGAGUUGCAAGCGAUCGGCCGAGUCCACCGCAUAGGCCAGACCAAGGAGACCACGGUGCACCGGUUCAUCGUGCGUAAGACCAUCGAGGAGCGCAUGUACCAUAUCCUGCACCACCACUGUCAGAGCCCUUCGGAAUUGACGGACGAGAACACGGUUACGAUCGGCGACUUGCGGAAUUUGUUUCGGCCGCUGGAGGAAAUUGAACUCGAGAAGGAGAUUGAGAAGAGAGAGAGAGAGGAGAGGGCGAGGAGAGAGAAGGAGGAGGAGAGAAACGGAGGUGAUGGUGGUGGUACAAGUGGAGGUGUCGGAAGUAGACUAAAUGGUGGUACAGGUGGUGUUGAGAGUGGUGAUGGUGGGGGUGGUGACGCAUAUAUCGGAAGUGAUGAAAAUGACAUUCUUGGGGAGAUGUGUGGUGUUGAUAUUAGCGAUGGUGAUGAUGGUGGUGGUGGUGAUGAUAGUAACAAUGGUCCAAGUAGUAGUAGUGGUGAUGGUGGUGAUGAGUGGUGAUGAGAAUGGAGGAAUAAGUAAGGAAAAGGAAUAGAAACAAAAGGGAAUAGAGGAAUAAGGAGGAAUUGAUUGAAAGAAUUGACAGCGAGAAAAUAAUGAUUGAAUAUAUUAACCCAAAAAAAAAAAAAAAAAAAAGAGGAAAAUAGAAGGAAAUUGAUUGAAAGAAUUGACAGCGAGAAAAUAAUGAUUGAAUAUAUUAACCAAAAAAAAAAAAAAAAAAAAAAAAAAAAAAAAGGAAAAUAGAAGGAAA